AUGAACAGUGAAGAUCCGCCCGAGAGACCGGACUACGUCUCCAACAUUAUCAGCGGUCUUGAGCGCUACAACCCCGAGGCCGUCAGCACCCUGGAGAACUACCUCCAGGAGCAGUGCGACCAGAAAUAUACCGACUGCAAUGCCAACCGGACGCUGCUAAAAUUGUACCAGCUCAACCCCGAUCGCAUGAAGGAUGAGGUCGUCACCAACAUCCUCGUCAAGGCCAUGACGCAGUUCCCGUCGCCGCAGUUCUCGCUCGCGCUGCACCUCAUCAACCCGUCCGCCGCCGCGACCGGCGAGCUCGCCGAGGCGCUGACCAAGCUGCGCUCGCUCAACGCGCAGCUCGAAGGCGCGCAGUACGCCGACUUCUGGGCGGACCUCGACGGCGACGACCUGUGCGCCGACCUCAUUGCCGACAUUGCAGGCUUUGAGGAUGCAGUCCGCCAGCGCAUUGCUACACUCGUGGCCCAGGCCUUCCGCGCCGUCGACGUCGCGCACCUCGAGGGCUGGCUCGGCCUGAACCAGGACAAGACGCGCAGGUUCGUCACCGAGGUUGUUGGCUGGACGGUGGGCGAGGAUGGCGUCAUCCAGGUUCCGGCUAACCCGGACAAUGAGGCCAAGAAGGCGGAAAUUAGAGAGGACGUCAACAUUGAGCAGUUUUCUAGGGUCAUUCGACGCACCUGGGAGGAGACUGUAUAA